GAAACAUCAACCCUACCCCACACAUAGAAGACCUUUUACCGGCGAGGUCGCCACACUCCAACCAUCAUGUCUUCCAAGAAGAUUAAUGUUCUCAUCUACUCUGGCCCCAGCACAUCUCUCCCAUCAGUACGACACGCUACAUGGACUUUGCGUCGCCUCCUCGGACCACAUUAUGCCGUACACACCCUCACAGCCGAUCAAUUGCUCAAAGAACCUUGGCCUUCCACAUGUGCUCUCCUGGUGUUUCCAGGAGGUGCAGACAUGGGUUACUGUCGUACUCUCAAUGGAGCUGGAAAUCGCCGCAUCAAAGCGUAUGUGCAAGGAGGUGGCAAGUAUCUCGGAUUCUGUGCGGGAGGUUACUAUGGAAGUGCAAAGUGCGAAUUCGAGGUGGGGAGGAAGGGAUGGGAAGUCGUUGGCGCGCGUGAACUUGCUUUCUAUCCUGGAGUAUGCAGAGGUUUGGCAUUCCCGGGUUUUGUCUACGGUAGUGAGAAAGGUGCACGAGCUGUGAGAGUAUCCACUGCGGACGGUAGCUUCAACUCGUACUAUAAUGGUGGUGGAGUGUUUGUUGAUGCCGAGAGAUUUGCGGAUAGGGGCGUGGAAGUGCUAGCAAGAUUUGAUGAGGAGUUGGCUGUUGACAGCGGAGCCACCAAAGCCGCUGUCGUCUACUGUAAGGUGGGAGAUGGAGCUGCAGUGUUGACAGGACCUCAUCCUGAAUUUGCGGGCAUGAACCUCAAUCGUAACGAAGCCGCGAAUCCUGACUAUGGCAAGAUCGUGGAUGCACUUCUUGCCACCGACGAACAACGAACAGACUUCCUCAAGACUGGUCUUAUCAGACUCGGGCUCCAAGUGAGCCAAGAAGUGCAGCCGGUACCUUCUCUCUCCCCUUUACAUCUGAAUUCUAGCGAUCCUACCGAGAUUAGCGAGCUUCUUGCUUCUUGGGUGGCGUCUGGUCUCAUCACAGACGAAAACGGUCACGGAGUCAUACGUGGCGAGAAUGACACCUUUAGCCUCAAACAUAAUGACAUCUUUGGCACUACCCCUUCAGUAGACGAUACCCUCGGAGGAGGGAGUUCAGUCGAGGGCACGAUGAAAAAGCUCUCUAUCACUUCAUCAUCAUCAUCAUCAUCUUCUUCUUCGUCAGAAAGCAAUGAUGCCAGUCCCCAAACUGACGGAGCAACCGACAGAAUCCCCGACUAUAACUCCCUCCCCAAGACCCUGAUUGCACACACCGAAUCUCAUCCCUCCAUCAAAGAGAGCCCCUACUUCAAACACGCCGAAUACUACCACUGGCUCGAAAAGUACCGUCGCAGCAACGGCAGCAGCAUAUCUGGAGAUUUCGGCCGUGUGCUCCUCUAUGGCGAAGUCGUCACAUCCACUCAAACGCUUCUCGAAAAGAACCCUUCCCUCCUCUCCCAACUCCCCAUUGGAACCACCGCAGUCGCCACGACCCAGGUAUCCGGCAGAGGGAGAGGCACAAACGUCUGGGUCUCCCCUCCAGGCAGCAUGAUGUUUUCCACCACCUUUAAACAUCCCAUGGCUCUCUCCACCACUGCACCAGUCGUCUUUGUGCAAUACCUCGCAGCCAUGGCUAUUGUAACCGCCAUCCAAAACACCUACUCCUCCUCCCCUCACGGCAGCAGCAGCUCCCCAUACAAAAACCUCAACAUCCGACUCAAAUGGCCCAACGACAUUUACGCUCUCGACCCCUCCACCACCACCAACCCCACCACCAACAACAACAACCACCCUCCCAACGCCUACACCAAAAUCGGCGGCAUCCUCGUAAACUCCUCCUACUCAGGAAGCGACUACACCCUCGUCCUCGGCAUCGGCCUCAAUCUCUCCCACACCCACCCGACACCCACCACCUCUCUCAACCAACUCCUCACUUCAUGCACAUCCACAUCCACAUCCACAUCCCAGCAACAACAUCCCCCCUCCAACAACCAAAACGACCAACUACUAUUCACCUACGAACGCCUCCUCGCCUGUAUCCUCCCCACCUUCGAAACCCUCUACGCGCGCUUCUGCCAAACAGGCUGGGACUCCUCCUUCGAAAAAAUGUACUACAAAAUGUGGUUACACAGCGGCCAAAUCGUGACAUUGGAAACUGGCGAAGAAGAAGGAGCAAAAGGAGCACAGACAGCGGUGACGGUUAGAAUCGAAGGGAUUACGAGGGAUUGGGGAUUAUUGGUUGCGGAGGAGGUGGUGGGAGGAAGACAAGAGAAUGGGACCAGAGGGGUGAGGGGAACGGGAAAGAAAUUUCUGUUGCAGAGUGAUAGUAAUAGUUUCGAUUUUAUGAGGGGGUUGGUGAGGAGGAAGAUUUGAAAUUUUUUUAAUAUGGAAAUGAAUGGUACCUUAGAAGAGUAGGGUACCUUACCUAUUUUAUCUUCCACGUAGGACGGGCAAGUAAGCAAGCAGAACUUCAAAGAGACAAAAUAUUUUUUUCC